AUGUCGGAACUGCGUGGUUCGCCGCCUCUUUCUAGAGCUCUGGAGGGUGGUUUUGGGGCUCCGCUAGCCGCGUUGAGCUCCUUGGCGGAGGCGCCUCCACCGGCGCCGAAUCCUCACGGGAUAGACCAUAUAUUAUCACGACCAUCUGUCGGCACAAAUAUGGGGACGGGUCUGUUGACCCCGAGGCUGUCGCUAGCGGCGGCGGCGGCGGGUAUGGCGCAUUACCUACAACACAAGCCGCUCUACUGGCCCGGCUUUCAGGGCCUGGUCUCCAACCCCAUGGCGUGGAGAGAGAGGCUACAAUCAACUCGUUUUUCAUUUAUUAUGAGCAACGGAGCGCUGAGCGCAUGCGCGGCGCAAGCUGGUGGCAUGGACAAGGAUGGGAAGAAAAAGCACACAAGGCCUACCUUCAGCGGGCAGCAGAUCUUCGCGCUGGAGAAGACCUUCGAGCAGACGAAGUACCUAGCGGGACCUGAGCGAGCCAAGCUGGCAUAUGCGCUAGGCAUGACAGAGUCACAAGUUAAGGUAUGGUUCCAAAACAGAAGAACGAAAUGGCGAAAAAAGCACGCCGCUGAAAUGGCGACGGCGAAACGUAAACAAGAGGAGCUUGGCGAUGAGUGUGACGAGCAGGAGUCGCACGAGGCGGACCCUUGCAGCGACGAUGAUGACGCCAAGCGACCGCGUCUCGACCUUCACCUGCAUAUGCCUCAUCACCGGCAAAUGUGCAAGGACUCGAAUGACGCACCGUUUGACUUGUCGAACUGGCACGUCAGAGUUAACACGAGGUACGACGAAGUUCGUGAAACGAAGACGAGUGAAUCCGUUGACAGUGAUGAGAAUCUAAACGUUAACGACAACGCUGAUGAUAACAGCCAGCCGAUUAACUUCGCGUAUUACCACUUUUAA